AUGUCCAUCGCAAAGAGAGGGGUUCUGGAACUGCGAGUUACUAUGGAUGAGUGGGUCGACACAAUAAUCUCGAAGAGCCUUUCACUCUGUGCUCUCCAUUCCAUUCCAUGA